UGCGUUACUACUACAGGUCGGUGCGGAUCAAACACCUUGCAGUCGGUUUUGAGCCAUUGAGGAAAAGGGGGUCUCAUUCGGAUAUGGUGGAGUAGGAAACAUCGGGCGGCUUGGAAACCACCUGGUUUGGAAUAACCCGAUGGAAAUUGGAGGACAGAGGCCUCGCGACGUCCGAUUCGAGGAGGUUUUCAUGGAGCGUUGAAAUUAUUAUUAUGUGGUGGUUUGCCUUAAUGAUGUUUACAUCUCCGGCUUUCCCAUUCAUCGUGUUUGUGUGCAUGGGCUUAUCAGAGGUGGCUCAUUCUUACGAUGCGGUGCCGUUAUUGAGGAAAUCUCGUGAAGUGCAUCUCAAUACGAGCGCUAACGGGUUUCCAGGGCACCGGCUCGGUAUUGUCGCAUUGACACCAGCGCCCACGAUCGCGUCCGCCGGAAAACCGAUAAAUGUCGCCGCACCAGCAGCGAGGGCGCCCACCACCCCAUCUCUGUCUGAUCUCAUCUAUAUGGCCGCAUUUAAUGGGAGAAAGCUCAGCUCUGUUGAUAUGAGAGCAUCGUCAGAUAAUAAAGCAGGGAGAUCAGGCGUCGUGCCCGAUCUUAGCACAACCUCUGAAAAUUCCCAAGAGCUUGUGUGUAACUGCAGUGGUGAAGGCGUGUCGGACCCCGAUGAGUGCGAUCAUGAGACGGGUCAGUGUGACUGUAUGCCGGGUUACACCGGACUGCAGUGCGAGGACUGUGAAGAGGAUCACUUCACCAACGGCACCAUCGGAUGCCUGCCCUGCGGUUGUGACUCCUUUGGCGCGGUCAGCUCACACUGUGACAGCUCAGGUACGUGUGAUUGUAAGACAGGUGUGUAUGGGCCCAAGUGUGAUGACUGCCAUCCUGGAUUCUUCCACUUCAGCAGCACAGGAUGCCAACCGUGCCAAUGCAAUGACCAUUCAACCUACUGUCACCCGCAGUCAGGUGUCUGUUUGGAUUGCCAGGGAAACACUCAGGGCCACAACUGUGAGGAAUGUCUGUCCAAUUUUUACCGUCGUCAAGGCGAUGGUUUAACGGAGGCCUGUACGCCCUGUCCCUGCUCUUCCGACAGCUCCACCGGCAGCUGCCAUCUGGAUUCCAGCGGUCGCCCUGUAUGUGACCAAUGUAAGCCUGGCUUCACUGGCCUGACAUGCGACGUAUGCACGGAUGGCUCUUUUAAAUCAGCAGGCGUAUGUGUGCCCUGUGACUGCAAUGGAAACUCGGACCCUCGAACCAACCCUCAGAUAUGUCAUCCAGAGUCCGGGCACUGCCAUCGCUGCAUCAACAACACAGCGGGCACACACUGUGAGAUCUGUGCACCUGGCUAUAUAGGGGAUGCCCGGGCCCACAAUUGCACCCAGAGAGCUGUGAGACUCCUUCCAACUCAAGACAUCAAACCAGGCAUCCCGAAAUCCCGAAGUUCAGUUUCUUCAACACCUCCCCUUCACCUCCUCACCUCCUCCUUUACCACCACCACCCAACCCAGCCUACCGACCCUGCAGUCCGGCACGGGAGACUCCGCGGGACACAACAGCACGGCCUCUGCUCUGACCGUGGUGUCGUGGUCACAGUUCAACAUCAUCAUUCUCGCCGUCAUCAUCGUUGUCGUCGUUGUCCUCAUGGGCUUCGUCGGGGGCGUGUAUACGUAUCGAGAGUAUCGCAAUCGGAAGCUGAACGCUCCGUUUUGGACCAUUGAGCUGAAGGAAGAUAACAUCAGCUUCAGCAGCUAUCACGACAGCAUUCCUCACGCCGACCCCAAUGGACUUCUAGAGGAGGAGCCAUGCGUGGUCGCGGCCAAUGGGCAGUUAGCUUUAGCCACUGCUGCCAACAUGUACAAAGCGUGAAAAAUAAGAAAUAAGAAGUGUCUCUCAUUAUUUACUCACCCGGAUAUUGUUUAAAACCAAAACUUUAUUCUGUGAUAAUAUUAUUUAUUAAGCAGCAAAUAUAUUUAGUUUGAAGGUGCAUUGUGUAACUUUUAGAAGGAUCUCUUGACAGAAAUGCAAUAUAAUAUACAUAACUACUAUAUUAUCAGUGGUGUAUAAAGACCUUUCAUAAUGAACUUAGAAUGAGACGUUUUUAUUUACGUACUCCACUAGGAGUCCCCUUACAUGGAAGUUUGACGCCAUGUUUCUACAGUAGCCUAAAUGGACAAACUGUCCUAUAUAGCGCGUUUUAUUACAAAAUUGUCUCAGACUAUGACAUGUUUGUCAUGUGGCGGAUACCGUAGCUUCACUAUGCGUUUUGAAAAAGCUGUGGACUGAGCUGUUGGUUGCAAAAAAAACAGUCUCACCGCUAGAUACCGCUAAACCUCCCACAUUGCACCUUUAAACUUUAACAUUUCUUUUAAUACAGUGAAUGGUGUGCAGAUUCGGACGCUCUAAACACACCACGUACCACAGGAAAAUCUGAUAAGACAUAUGUGGACAAUGGACAUAUGUUACUCGGGUGGCUAUAGGGUAAUUUUCAUUUUUGGCUGAACUAUACCUUUAAAGGAAUACUGCACCCCAAAAUUGAAUAGCUCAGCUGUUUAAAACCAUUAUGAAUUUAUUCUGUAGACCACAAUACAUUUUUUGCACAUGGUUAAGGGGCGGUUCACAUUUCACGUCUAAAACCAUGCAGAAAACGCGACCGCACUACUUCCCCUCCUUUCCACCACGCUUUCGACAUGGCAUUCUGAAAAGUUGAAAUAUUUUUAACUGGCAGCGGCACGGCGCACCUGAACAAAAGAUUUUUUGCGCGCUUGCCGUGUGGCUACAUUCAAUUAGGGAUGUUAGCAAUUAAUCGAUCUUCGAUUAAUUGUCGAUAAGAAUUUAACUGCUAAAACUUAACAAUUGUUGAUCCUUUCCAACACGCUUUUGACAUGGCAUUCUGAAAAGUGUAAAUAUUUUUAACUAAAAUAAAACGUAACGAUUGUCGAAUAAGCAAGAUCAUACAGCCAGAGAAAAAAAUGAAGCGGCACGUAGAAGAUAAACUUGAUCACAACGAUACUCGAUGCCGAACAUACACCUGGGCUUUUUAACAGCAUGCGAGAUGAGGCUGGCUGCCAACGCAACAAAAUGGCAUCCGCAGUGGAUCUGAUAGGGUCUGAUACAGAAAAUGCAAGGAUACUGAAAGCAAAGACCCUCUUUAGGGAAGCCUGCAAGAUUAGCAUAGCAACGCUGCUACAGGGAAGGAGAAGCCGUUUUAAAUGAACGGUUUAAAAUGCCAUCUUAAAUUCUGUCAAGAAACUGUAAACUGUAACUGACUGUCGUUACACUCUGAACCCCCGCAACAUACUGUAUAUCGCUGAUCAUUAUUAACUGGGCGAGGCGCUACACGCUAGCCAAGUUGACUGUUGCGUGUUUUUGCGUCUUUGCUGAAAGUACGCCGCCGGUCUAAGCUGAAGUGACGACGGGAAAAGUGCCUUUCUUGGAUAUAAUUACAACCAACGGUGUAUCAACAACUCGAAAACUGAGUUGAACAUAACACUUGAUGAUAAUAAAACUUUUAUUUUGACAUGUCAUGGAUGCAUGGACUUUCAUGUGACUGUUGCAAAGUGCCCAUAUGAGGCAGAGUUAUACACUGUGUCUAUAAGUCAUUAUAUUUAAUUAUGAGAUAAGUUUAAAUUGACGAUUUUAUGAAAACACCAACUACAUUGACUCAUUUUAAAAUCCCACUUGUUAUUUAGACAAAUAAAAUCUUUUUAAUUCGUAUGAGGAAGCUGGCAUUUUUACGCCCACUUUUAUGUCAUUGGCUAUAUGCCACCGCAGUAAAGGCUUAUUGCACUAUUAUGCUGCGUUUACACCAGCCACCGGUAGAGGCGGCAGGCGCGGGUGAUUUACAAGUCAAUGCAAAGACCCAAUUAGGCAUCCUGCGGUGUGGUGCAUUCUGCGCGAAUUGAGCGUUGCCGCGGGAAACGCGCGAGUUGGAAAAUCUGAACUUUGGCGGAUUUCCGCACCGCGUUAACCAAUCAGGACCUUGUUGUAGUAGUGACGUGAUUACAGGAAGCAAGCGGAGUCUCAGCAGAGUCGCAGAAGCCCCUCCCAUGACUCCAGUGAAUGUCUUGAAUGACUAGAAUUUCACGUGCGAAUGAAGCGAGUAAACUUAAAUGUUCAAACGUCCAACUACGCGUGAAUAGCGCAUUUUUGACGCCUCUACCGCGGCUGGUGUAAACGCAACAUUACAGUUAACGAUUAUUCGAUUGAUUGAUCGCUAAUUUAAUCGAUCAUCGAAUAUGGGAAAUUGCAUAAAUUGACAUUCCUACAUUCCUACGAGAAAUGUGAAUCCCCCCUAAGUUCGUUAUUUCAAAUGUAGGCGCACGGAAGUGACGCGGUCGUGCUCCGCAUGCUGUACAACGUGCUCGUUUUUUCCAGGCGCGUUCGGACCGCAUUGAGUUUAAAACAUCUCAACUUUUCAGAAUGCUGCAAGCGCACUGCAGGUCAUGUGACAAGAACCUAAGCGCCUAACCUUUUCCACACUUUUUAGGCACGACAUGUGAAUGGCCCCUAAUACAGCUUUUUUUUGAUAUUAUAAAAAGUACAUUGUAACCAGAGACUGUCACUAUGAGAGAUGUCCAAAAUAUCAUGCUAUUGUGUUCUGGUUUGGAACGAAACAAGGGUGAGUAAACAAUGACAGAUUUUUCAAUUUUUGGUUGAAGUUUUUUAUUAACCCCACACACUAUUUAUUCCCGGUAAGGUACAAUUGCUACCUAUGUGAUGUUUCCAUGUAAGAUAUUUCCUUUACUAUUUCGGAGUGGACUCAGAGGAAAUUCAGGACAAGCCAUUAACAUUAUUUCAUGUUAACUCUCAGAUAAAAACAAUACUAACACGUUUAAUGUUACUUUUAAGGAACCAUGGAGUGCAACAGACCAACAUGCCAAGAAAAUGACACCCAACACUUCUGUCUGUAUAGGUAUCAUGCAAAGUGUUGAGAUGGAUCUGAUUGCAUAUGAUGGGCAGACAGUUAUAAUUAAAUGAUCCACACAUCCGAGGCAUUGGAAUUUUCAAAUAUCUCCGAAAACCGAAUUUCAGUAUCACUUGUAAAGAAUUCAAAAAAUCCUUCUCGGCAAAGGAUCGUUUUCAGAUAAUGUUGGAAGAAACCUACUGAAUGUGGGUCUGUCUUUGACAGAGACUAUUUCAUCCAUUCAUCAAAGUCUGAGCGUUGAAUUUCUCUGGAAUGACAUUUUGAUACAGUUUACCGUUUCUCGCCACGAAAUGAGGAAAUUCCUGUCUUGAGUUGGUAUUAAACCGAGCACGCUACAAGAGAGUUGUACCUGGUUAACUGGUAACACAAGCACCUGUUUCAGCCUUAUUGUAUUGUGUGUGUGAGAGAGUGGGCGGGUGUGCGUUUUUGUGGGUGUGAGAGAGACGGCGUCGAGUGUGAACGUGGUUUCAGUUCUGAUUGUGUAGAGCUGGAUUCUACGCAGGAAUGUACACAAAGACGUCGUGAGCAUGGACAGAUUCUGCUGCAUAGUUUCAUGGAAACCAAUUAAAAUUUGCGACACAAUAUUGUAGACGUGAAAGCCAUGUAAAAUGACAAAGGAGCGUAUUUAGACUUUUCAGAGUUUAGGAGACGUUGUAAAGAAGACAUUGUGAAGUGGAUUAUGUAAAAAAGGACACCUGGGCUUUUUUCCUCCGUUUUUCAGCAAGGACCCUUUUGAAAUGUGAUUCUGGAUGUGGAUGAUUUGGACAAAGAACUGCUGUUAUGUUAAUUUCUAUUUAUUAUUUAUCUCCGUGUUUGUCUCUGUGGUCUUUUGUUACUGUUUUUCCUCAUGCUGCAUUGUACAGUGUAUGAAUACUGAAUGCAAACCCUGUAGGCUGACCUGUCAGGACGACUUCAAAAACUCUUAUGUUUCCUCUUGUGUUCUUUCUAAUUUAUUUAGUCUGUUAACGCAUUCACUGAUUAAAUGGGAGAAAAUUGUAUUUUCCUUAUUUCAAAGUGAGCAAAUGACAAAAAUUAAAGGAUUAUUGAAUCAAGG